AUGCUCAGUACAUCUCCAGUCGUUCUCAUUCUGGGUGCAGGGCCGAACAUUGGCCAGAGUAUUGCACGAGCCUUUGCUGCCAGAGGCUACAAAGUGGCUCUAUCAGCAAGAUCUCUAAAGGAUGAAGACAGCUCUUCCAAUCAAGUUACUAUAUGUAGUGAUUUGUCAGACCCCCAGUCUGUGAUCAAAGUCUUUUCAAAAGUGAAAGAGUCUCUGGGUGUUCCAAGUGUGGUAGUCUAUAAUGCUGCGGCUGCCACCAUCAAUGAUGCAAAGGAUCCUCUAUCUCUUGCAUUGAGUGAUUUCACUCGGGAUCUCAAUAUCAACACUACAAGUGCCUUUGUAGCUGCGCAGCAAGCGGCAUUGGGCUUCGGAGAGCUUCCUGAGUCAGCUUCGAAGACUUUCAUAUACACUGGUAAUAUGUUGAAUACCACAAGUCUACCACCUCUCCUGAGCCUAGGUGUUGGGAAGUCAGCUAUGGCACACGUCGUUGAGUCUGCUGCUAAGGCUUACACGGAUCGCGGUUUCAAAUUCUACUAUGCGGAUCAGCGAAAGGCAGAUGGGACGCCUAUGUACAAUGAGAUUGACGGUGAGGCACAUGCAGAAUUUUAUUUUCAACUCGCUGAGGGCAAAUCCCAGGAGCCUUGGCAGCAAACGUUCGUGAAGGGUUUAGGAUACAAGCGCUUCCCUAUCUUGUCUUAG